AUGUCGAGUGGGUCUCCUUGUGCUUCAAAAAAAUGUUAUUGUGGCAUUCCAUCCAAGAUGUUGACAUCGUGGACAACUGAUAACCCGGGGAGGAAAUUCUUGACUUGUAAGUUCUCUGAUGUUCACACUGGUAGAAAAGGUUGUGGCUGGUUUUAUUGGGUUGAUCCUGAUGUUGUGGAGUGGCAAAGAGUCGUGACGAAUGAAUUGAUGGUGGAGAAGAGAUUGCUGAAAACAGAGUUGAGGAUCAUGAUGACUGAAUUGCAGAAGUUAGAGGAUGACAAAGCCCUUCUUGUUGCUGCCAAUGAGAGGCUUGAAAGGAUAUGCACUGGUGGAGUGGCUGGAAUGAAGGGGGGCAGAGGAUAA